UAUUUGUUUGUGACUCUUGACAGACAGUUAUCCGAUCUUCUCUUUGGUUUUCGUCAUUUCGUUUCGUCUCUUGUUGGUAUUUAACUUGAUUCUUGAAAGCAAAUUAAAUCUCAUGAGUUGAAAGUGGGAAAACAAGUCAUCAAAGAUAAACUAUUUCAAGAAAGAAAUGUGAACGCAACAUUGGUGAACUACGAAAAUUCGUGAUAAUGUGUCGAGGAAUGUUAUGGUGUUAUGUUCUUGCAUUGACGUUAGUGGAUAUUUCACCGCAUACAAAGUUGACAGCCCUGGGGAAGAGUCAUGAUAUCACAUUACAUGAUUCUCUUGUAGAAGGAAUAAACUUUCAAGAAUGGGGCGGGGAGGGCGUGGGCGAGGAGGAGGGCGCGGCGCCGGCGGGCGUGGCGCUGCGGCCGGCCGCGCUGCACUUCGGGCCGUCCGCGCUGGCGGCGCCGCACGCGCGCUCCGUCACGCUCACCAACACUGGCAACACCACACUGCACCUCGCCUCCGUCGCCGGCACUACACCUGAUUUCCACGCCUCCUUCUUCGAGUCUAAGACGCUGGCGCCGCGCACCAACACCACCUUCAGCGUGGUGUACCUGGGCCGGCGCGCGGGCCACGUCGCCGCGCACCUCUACAUACACACCUCGCUCGGCGUCUACAACUAUCCGGUGUCUGCGGUGGGCGUGGCCAGCGAGUACGAGGUGUGUGUGGAGCGAGCACCAACACUUUAA